UGCGUGCCUUAUUUCCUUCCUUUUCGACAUCCCGAGCGAAAGAGACAACAUGGGUCACCAGCAGCUCUAUUGGAGCCAUCCAAGAAAAUUCGGUCAGGGAUCUCGGUCCUGCCGUGUAUGCUCAAACAGACAUGGUCUGAUCCGCAAAUACGGGCUGAACAUGUGUCGUCAGUGCUUCAGGCAGUAUGCAAAAGACAUCGGCUUUGUUAAGCUUGAUUAAAGACAUGGAUUACUGAAUUUCAGACCUGUGAAAAUGUCAUCCUCCUGGCAAUCACAAUGAAGUCACCUAGAAAAUUCCAAUAAAUUUUUUUUUCUUCUGUUUGAA